CCUGCCUCUGUGUGUGUGUACGCGCGUGUGUUUUUGGGGCGAUUGCACGUCGGUGUCCGCCCCCCUGGCCAGUGACAGAUAGUUUUCGGUCGGGACUGAGGGAAGGCUAUCUGGGAAAUAAUCUGCAGCCUAUGCGUUAAGCUGCUUUAUCCUCGCCGAGCCGGGCCGACUGCUGCGCCUCCGGUUUGAGGACAAAUCACAACACGAGCGGGAGGAAAGGGAUAUCAAAUCUUACGGUGCGAGUUUUGACAAAUUGUUUCCAUCCUCACAGUUGGUGAGGAGGGUUUGGAGCCGCAGGAAAAAAAAGUCACUACUGAGGCGGAGCACAAGUCCACACUGGGAACUGAACCAAGGAGGGAAACUGGCAAAGGUGGUAUGGGCAUGGAACAUAUUACACUUUGGAUAUUCUUGAUAACUACUUUUGUCUUGUCAGGAGGGAAUGGCCAAACUGUAGAAAUGGAUGAUGGGAAGUCAGGGUACCUCGGCUCCAAGGUGGAUCUGCGCUGUCGUUUCAUCAACAGCUCACCGCCCGUCAAAAUCUCACAGGUGACGUGGCAGAAACUGGUGAACGGCACCAAGCAGAACGUGGCCAUUGCCAACCCGUCCCUCGGGGUGUCCGUGGCCCCUCCCUAUAAGGAGCGCGUCUCAUUCAAGAACGCUGCCGUGAGGCGUCGAACUCCGACCCUUGAAGACACCACCAUCACCUUCUCCUCGCUGCGUCUGUCUGACGAAGCGACCUACAUCUGUGAAUACACCACCUUCCCUGCGGGCAAUAGGGAAAACAAGGUCAAUCUGACUGUAUAUGUUCGUCCGACCACUCAGAUGAGUUUGUCCACACCCACGCUGGUAGCCCGUGCAUCCAACCUGAAGACGCCGGUGGCGUCGUGCAUCUCCGCCAAUGGAAAACCACCCGGUGUCAUCAGGUGGGAAACGAGGGUGCCAGGUGAAGUGAGCACCCGUGAGUACAGAAACUCGGACGGCACCUUCACCAUUCAGAGCGACUACAUUCUGGUGCCCAACAGGGAAACGCACAAGGAGACGCUCACUUGUGUCACCUCAUACAAUGAGGAGGUGUUCACGGACAGCGUCACCCUCGAUAUUCAGUAUGAACCCGAUGUUCUGGUUGACGGCUACGAUGGAAACUGGUACCUGAACAGAGAAAACGUCCAGCUGAGCUGCCAAGCCGACGCCAACCCGGCCGUCUCCCUGUACCAGUGGAGGCUGAUAAACGGCUCCAUGCCAAGCAGCAUUGAGAUCCGAGAUAACAUCCUCAUCUUUAAAGGGCCGGUCACAUACGAUCUGCAGGGCACUUACGUGUGCGAUGCCACUAACAGCAUCGGAACCAGAUCGGGCUUCGUGGAGGUCAGCGUCAUAGACAAGCCGCUACCGCAGAUAGCAACGGGUGAUGUUAUCAGUGUGGUGGCCUUGUUGUUGGCGGCAGGCGUGCUGAUGGGAAUUACCAUCACAGUACUAGUGCUCAAGAUCAGAAGCAGAAAAGAUAACGGCUCAGACGACUCUCCAUCCAGGAAGCUGUCCCAGCCCAUACGCAAAAAACCGGCGGACGAUAUUCAGCAUUCGGGGCGUUUCUACGAGGAGCUUCCUAACACAGCGGAUUACGUGAGCUACAGGCUAGCCUGUAACAAGGAGGACUACCCGGAGCCCUACUCCCCCCCCAUUAACCCCCCUUUGUCUUUCCUGCCCCAGCACCCCUACCUCUCUCCACAAGCCACCACGGGCAGCAGCACCAGCACCAACUCGUCCAAGAACACCUUUUCUCCAUCCUCGCACUCCACCGCCAUCUUUAAGUACCCCUCAGUGCCGGGCAUGUCCCCUCCUCCCCCAGGGGUGGGGGCGUACACCUUUCCUAAAGAGCAAUACGUCUGACCCGGUAGGGUGUCGAGGAAAUCUCACACUCAACAACACAGUUGGAACACAAACUUUUCUCAAAAGGAGGUUGGAAAACUCCACUUGGACUACUUGGCAGUGUUUUUUUUUUUUUUUUUUUUUUUUUUGGACUGUCUGCAACACUUGGGUGUGCAAUGCAGCUUUUGGACAUUUUUUUCCACUUUUACUACACCCUUUAACCCCUUGUGUCCUGUAUUUUAUUUAAUUUUGUGAAAGGGAAUAUUCUCUCAGCCAAAUUACUGAUUUAUAACUGUCCGUUACUCAUUUUAAUUUGUAAAAGAAUCUUUUAACGUAGCUCAGCCCUUUAGCCAUCCUUUAUGAUGGUAUGUUUUUGAAAGAACCCCCCCCCCACUCCCACCCACAUGAAAAUAACAUUCAAAAACAGUAUUUCAUAAUUUAUGUUUAAUAAUCCUCCAUUAUCCUGUAUUGUAAAUUCAGAUCCUUUCCAACGCUGAAUCCCAGCAUACCUCACCUUUUAUGCCCUCAUUUAUCGUUUGUAAUUUGACAUGACAUUUUUAUUAACUGGAGAUUUUUUUGUUGUUGUUAACAUUUAUAGAUGAACGUGUGUUUGUUUUAGUAUUCACUGACACUGGUUGUUGGAUGAACUCGGAAUUUUUAGCAUUUCAAUAAAAAAUGAGCAAGAGA